UACCACCAGUAAUAUACUAACAGUAUAUCAGUGUUAUACUGACUGAUUUGAUAUAUUAUUAUUAUAUUAUAGUAGACAUUCAUUUUUUUUUGUAGCAAUCAAUCAGUCAAGUCAAUCAUGAAAUUAAUUAAUAAAUUAAUAUUAAUAAUCAAUUUAUAUGCAAUUUGUCUGCUAUUAUUGACGUCAUAUAUAUCUGCGACAACCGUUGAAAGCCACGAAAAAAGCCAAUUCAGACAAUUGGACGACUUUUUGACGGAAAGUGUCAAUAAUUUUAAGUUAGAUUUUCACCGAUCGUUUGAAGAGUCAAGGAUUAGACACAAACAAAAAGAUAAUUUUAUAUAUUCAGUACCAGAAAGAGAUGGGCUAACACAACAAUAUUUAAAAGUAGUGAACACUUCAGCUGUUUUUCCAAGUAAUGUAUUGUCUAAUGAUAGUCCCAAUGGACCGAUCAAAAUGUGGACAAUCAUUGAAAAUUCAUUAUACUAUACGUACCUGUUUUGGGGUCAUUCAAACGGUAUGCUAUGUUUAGCUGAUUUCAAGUAUACAGCGCUGGGAUCACCACAGAUCCAACCGUUGGCCAACUUUCGUGAGGCCGGCAACGGUGUACCGUUUAAGUCACAGUAUUUCGUCUACGAGACAUACAUAUGGCUAGCGGUAGCCUUUCGUACCGCUCAGCGGGAAUACUUGGCUGUCUAUCAGUAUAGUCCGGGUGGUCAUACAUUUCAUCGACGGCAGACCAUCGAAAUGGACAUCCAAAGUGAUUUUGAUAUAAUAUUUGCCGGCAAUACCUAUAUGGCUAUUAGUUCGUACAUGAAACGGACAUCCGAUGGCCAGACAUUACAGUCGGCGGUAAAGUUGUUUGAAUGGCGUCACACACAGUUCGACUAUGUAGCCGAAGAAAAGACAAUAUCGGCCACUUCGGUCAAGUUGUUCAAUAUGGCCGGCACUCUGUAUAUCAGUGUUGGCCAGGAUGUCAAUCGAUCCAUGAGCUGGCAGACAGACUAUUAUAACCAAUUUCCAGUCCGGGGUUCACCUAUUUAUCUGUACAAUACACGCAACGAAGGAGGAAAACUAACAUAUGUUCAGCUGAUACCGCAUUUUGCCACAAAAGUCAAUCACUUUCGAGUUCACGGAAAUAAUUAUCUGGUAUUUGUCGACUCGAAAGAUAUCAGUCGUAUCUAUUGGUGGUCUGGCGACCAGUUUCUCAUAUAUCAGGAUCUGAUUGAAACCCGUCACGCCAUCGAUGUCUCGAUUGCUACACUACCUAACUCUGAGAUACUGUUGGCAUUUGUUAUGGCAAAUAGGGUACAGUUUUUUACUGAAGCACCCAAUGCUCAGUACAAACUUAACGGCCAGUUUAGGAUACCCGAUCAGCGAGGCUUCCGAAAUGUUCAACUAUUUUCACAUUUGAAGACCAAUUAUUUUUGUGUUUUUACAUUUGAUGAUCAGUGGAAAAAACCAAUGGAAACAAUAUGGAAGCUGAGACUGAUUACUGGUCAGGAAGUAUUGGAUCCAAAAUAUUUUGAUCCGUUAAGGUCUUGUCUGAUUAGUUUAGAGCAAUCACUGUCGAAACGCGAAGAAGGAUUGAAAGAGUUGACCAAACAAGCGGACAGAGUCUGGUUGGCCAACAGUGGUCAAGAAGUGAAAGCACCGGUGGUUAUCAAAGGCAAUGUCAAAGUUGUUAAUUCAUUGAAAGCUCAAUCAGUUGUUUUAGUAGUAAAUAAUGGACAGAAAAAAGUGCCUCAAAUAACCAACAGUGAUGUCAAGUCACGAAUUGAUGGGCUUUCAAAUAAUUUGAAUUCUGUAACUAAAACAACAAAUAAUUUGGUGUUUAAAUCACUGAAUCAGACAAUUAGCGGACGUAUAGUGUUUACUGAAGCCAUUAGUGUCGGACAGUCGACUAUUAAAAAGAUUACAAACACUGACUUAUUAUUGAACAGUAUUUCAGUGAAUUCAUUAGCAGAUGAUAAUAGUUGGCUAAAAAUAAAUGGCAAUCAAGUAAUUAAAGCUCACAUUUCAUUUAAUAAUGGCUUAUCGGCGGAUCAAUUACUGGUUAGUCAGCGCAUCAAUAAAUUGAAUGUUAGCGACGCCUUAAUGGCCAGUAGUGAUGGGCCACACCUACAUCAAGUAGUGACUGGCAAUCAUCGCUAUACUAGCGAUGUUAUACUCAACUCUAAUUUAUUACUUCAUAAUCAAUUUGGUCAAAUCAAUGGCAUAAAUCCUCAGCAAUUUGUUAAUAAAAUGCAAAUCAAUCAACAGAUUGGCGGAAGAAAAACAUUUCAAGUAUUAGAUUCAAAAUCUAUUGACUUAACAACUGGUAAUCUAAAUGAUAGAAAGCUCAGGGAUGUUGCCAACAGAGUUGUCUAUCUGAGUGGUCCUUCCGACCAAGUGAUUACUGGUCAAUGGAUACUGGAUAUACCGACAAGUGUUAACCGUAUUGAACUUAGAGGACUGAUUAACCGGAAGGUUAAUAUAACGGAACUGGCCUACAAUGCGGUUACUAUUUAUGGCGAACAGAAUAUUACUGGACAAAAGACAUUCAAAGCACCGGUACGUGUUUUAGGUGAUAUUAGGAUAGCCGGUACUGUCAAUGGUAUUAAAUUGGGCAAAGAUGUUAUUACAACAAACAGCCGGCAAGUGAUUACAGGAAACUUGGAGUUCAGAGCACCGGUAGAGUUCAUGGCCAAUGUGGAGACAGAUUUUGUAAACGGUAUGGAUUUAAGUGCCGACAGUAUACUAAAGGAUACACCAAAACCGCAAGUUUUGAAUCGUAAAGUGUUUAACCAGUCUAUUGAUGUCGUAAAUGACAUAACUAUGGCUCCGGGAAGUACUCUGGAUGGUGUAGAUCCAUCAGAGCUACUAAAAAGUGUCAUAAGCAAUAAAAAUACUGUUUUUACAGCACCGGUUAGUAUCAAUAAACUAAAGAUCACCGGCGGAAAUAUCUUUGCCAAACGUGUCAAUCAGUUUGCUAUUAGCGAUUUGCCUCACAUUUUAUGGCUAAAGUCGGCUAACCAGACAAUCCGAGUACCGGUACUUUUUAGUGGUAAUGCCAUUAAAAUAAAACAAUUUCAGUCAUCAAAUGUUAACGGUUUUCGUAUACCCAAUGAUUUUGUUCAUAAACAUCAACAACAACAAGAUAGUGAAACAAUUUUAGGCCAAAAAAUAUUUGCUGAUCGCGUAACCAUUAAGGGAAAUGUUGAACAAAUUGAUGGCAAAAAAGUCAAUCGCAUUGAUCUGCCAGUCUUUUCAAGGCAAGUCGUCAAAAAGGAGUCGUCAAUAAUCAUUAAUAAUGACAAUAAUAAUAAUAAUAAUAUUAGUGAUUAUAUUUGGGGUACAAAACAGUUUCACAAUCUUAACAUUUUAGGCAAUGUUAUCGCUGGCAGUGUUAAUGAUUUAGACCUAACCACAGAUGUGAUGCUAACAAAUACUAGUCAAACAAUUAAUGGUUUAAUAAGAUUAAUGAGUCCCACGACUUGGAUAACUGGUUCACUGAAAGUCAUGUCCAAUAUUAAUGUUAAGACAACUGUUAAUAACUACUCGUUAUCGCUAUUGGCUAAUGAGUUGGUCCUAACUAAUCGAUGGCCGUAUUGGCAUCAGAGACCUAUCAUUAAUAAACAGUUUGUCAAUGGUAUCGGUGGUCAACAUAUGACUGCCAUGGGUUUAGUUAGUGAUGUUAGUAUCGAUCUGAUGAAAGCUAAAGUUGUAACUAUUAAUAGUGAACAACAAGUUUUUUCAGCAAAAAACUAUACAUCAGUUGUUAGGUUUGACAGCGAUUUGUUAAGCGAUUAUUUAAAUGAUCUGAAAAUACAUGAUUUUGCCGAUAAAGUUGUUAUGAAAAACCGGAAAACAUUGGUUCGCGGAUUUAAGACAUUCAGCGGUCAGUUAGACUUGAAAUCAGAUUUAGUAAUAAAAGGUGGACUUAUUAAUGGUAUGGAUGUUCAGUCGCUGCAGAGGACGAUAAUGUCAAGAACCAGAGAUAAUGUGAUUCUGGCACCGAUGAAGUUUGCCAAUGAUAUCAAUGCUAUACUAUUGACUGUCGAUAAGGGACGGGCAACUAUUGACGGCCUGAGCCCAUUACAGUUGGCAUUAAUAGGUAACGAUAUGAUAUUAAGUGGUAAUAAUCAGUUUAAUAGGAAUCUAUCAGUAAGUGGUGAUAUAAAUAUUACUAAAACCAUCAAUGGAUGCGAUUUAAGACAACUGGCUAUGAGUGCAGUACUUAAUAAUAAUAAUAAUAAUGAUAAUAAAAAUCACAUACAAAGUAUAUACGGUGGCAAAGAUUUUCAUAGUCUACAAGUUAUGGGAAACAUUAUCAUCGAUGGACUCGUUAAUGGUCUGGACAUUCAUAAAUUGCUUGCACGGGUAGUUACCCGUACUGGCGAUCAAGUGAUAACAGCACCGUCGAUGACUUUUCUAAAUGAUGUCGUUGUUGAUGAGCUAAUUAUUAACGGACUAAUUAAUGGUCAUAAUAUUACACAACUAUUCAAUGAUGUCGUUGUCAGGAGUAGACCGCAAACUAUUUCAGGGCGAAAGCAAUUUCUUAAGCCUAUAGUGGCUUCAGGUUUGCGCACACAAGUGGAUCAAUAUGUUGCUUGUGUUGAUGGACUGGUGAAUGGCGUGAAUGUCCAACAACUUAAUGCUACAUCAGUUAGAAGACAUCAAUCGCCGACAACAACAACACCGACAAUGACAACAACACAAGCAAUUACUGGCGUCAAGACAUUUGCCGGAAGAGUUAGUUUUAAGAGAAAUGUCUUAAUUGGCGGUUCAGUGGGUGGACUGCGACUGCCAAACGAUCUGAUUCUCGUCAAUACAGAUGAAUUGAUUACUGGUGUCACACACAUACAUAACGGCACGAUUACAGGCAUGAAAUCUAUGACUGUCACCAAAAUGAUUGAUGGCAUCGAUUUGUCUUAUUUUGCCAAAAAUCGACUAACGAUUAGCGAUCAAAAUGAAUUGAUUGAAUCGAUAGUUGAUUUUCAAAAUAGUUUGAUAAUUGAUAGGUUGAUCGUUAAGAAAUCGAUAAAUGGUAUACCAAUUGAUGGAUUUGUCACUACUAGAGGAGGAGGAGGAAGACACCUAAUAAAUGGUUUGAAAAGUUUUGCAACUGAUCUCUAUGUUAGAGGAAAUAUUCAGUCGCCCGGUGUCUACAAUGGAGUUAAUAUACACCAACUAAGCAAUAGGGCUGUCAGUCUGGAUCAGCCGGAAACUGUUCCCGGAUUUGUUGACUUUCAGACACCAGUUAAUAUGUAUCAAAUGCAUAUCAAUGGCCUAUUGAACGGUUACGAUAUAUCAGAUAUGGCCAACUUUUUCAAUACAUAUACAAUCAAAGUUAACCAAUUGAUUGAUAUGAUAAGAAAACAAAUCCAUAGACAGGGAUCAGACUUGGAUAGACAAUUUGCCGCUCAUCUCAUUGAUAGAUCAUCGGGAAUUGAUUAUUUUGUCACUGAAGAUGGCUAUGAACUGAAUCCUGCAUUCAAUCAACGAAUCAAUGAUAACAACAAUCAGAGCACUGGUAUAUAUCUGGAGACCAAUAGUCCUCGUCAUCUAUACUUCAUAACAGCCGAUCAAAGGACUAAACGUUUUGCUGAUAAUAAUAAUUGCAAUGAAUUGAAUGGCUAUUAUUCACAACGAUUACAUGUUUUACUAUUCAAUGGCAAAACUUAUGAUCUGAAUCAAGUAGUGGACAUUCCCGGUGUUAACUACUUGGACUCGUUUACCGUAUCUAAUCUGACAUAUGUUGUUGCGGCCAGUCAUCUAUUGGGACAGACUUUUAUCCUUCAGUACAGAGGCUAUAAUAAGUUUGAAAUAAUUCAGACACUGUCGACACCGGGCGUUGAAAUGGUAAAAGUCUUCUGGAGUCCACACGAUAUUAAACUACAUAUUAUGAUCACAUCGUCGUCGUCGGUGUCGUCACCGCUACCGUCGCCGAUGUUUGGCCAACAAAAGUCAACAAAAGUCAUGACAGCUGUUAUCAGUGGAUCCAAUAAUUAUUUCAAAAAGUAUUCAACUAUUGAUCAGUUACUUAGAGAUCAGCCAAAAGAUAUUUUUAAAAAAAAUUGAAUUUAAAAAAGUUUGAAUUUAUUGAACAC